AUGGGCGCCGUCACUGCAGAGGGCAUUGCAAUUGCCGAGUUGGUAGUAUACAUCCCAAUAGCACUACUUGCAAUUUUUGUGGUUUUUCGCCAUGGGUUCCACAGGCAGCUGGGAUGGAUCUAUCUCUGCAUAUUCGGUGGCAUUCGGAUCGGCGGCUCCAUCAUGGAGAUUCUUAGCAGCAAGCAUCCCGACAAUGUCAACGAUAAGGAGUGGGCUACCAUUCUUCAAUCAGUCGGCCUUUCUCCUCUGCUUCUCUCCACCUUGGGCCUCCUGAAAAGAAUUAUCGAUGAGACAUCCGAACGUGUCCCCUCGGAUCCAAACUCCAGCAAAAAUCUUAUGAUGCAAGGUUUAGCUGCUUGCCCCGGGAUCAUUGGUAAACUCUUUUCAAUCUACACCAAAAAAGCAACCGCCACUUCCCACCGCAGCAAGAUCAUCCAGCUCAUCCAAAUACCGGCCCUCAUUGCCCUGAUCCUGGCCAUCAGUGGCGGCACAGACCAAGCCUCAUCCAACGUCUCCGAGCACUCCGGCGGCAAAACCAAGACCCGCGUUGCCAUGAUACUUUUCCUAGUGAUCUACGUCGCAGCCUGCCUCUUCUGGGUCAUCACGGUGCGAGACCUGAGCAGGAUGGCGUCCAGUCAGAAGCGCCUCUUCCUCGGCAUCUUCGUGGCUUUGCCUUUGAUUGCCGUCCGCCUGGUCUACAGUCUGAUCACCGAAUUCGGCAACAACCCCAAGUUCUCGCUGAUUGAUGGCGACGCCGCGGUCCAGCUCGGCAUGGCUACGAUUGAGGAGUUUAUUGUGGUCUGCAUGUACACGAUUCUGGGCUUGAUUACACCCCGUUCCAGUAUCGAUCCUGCUGUUGGAGGUGGCGUCAUUUCACAAGAUGCACAUGAUCUCGCUAUGGAGGCCGGCAAUGGCCGUCAUGCUGGUGCUGCCAGUUCUCCAUACGAUAAUUUCCCAUAUGCUCAGGCUGGGGCUCAACAUGCUUAUGUUCAAGAAUAUGCAGUGAAAGGUUAUUAA